UUACACUAUCUGUGCCUUGCCCGAUGACUCACAAAUAAUACAUAUAAAUUGGCGAACGUCUGUUAUCGCGCGCAGUCCCAAUACAAACCUAAAUAUUUUGUUUAGUGGUUUUACUGAGCAACAGUAGUGCACGAAUAUAUUACAUAUAAUAAUACAAUUGAGGAAAUCGAAUACAAAUUCUAAAAAACUAAUUUCUCCACAUUAUCAAUUAACUAACAAAAUACAAGGAAGCCGGCAAUCCAUUCCAAAUGGACCCUGUGACAAAACUAAAGGAACUACGAGAUGCUGUACGGAGAGGGAAGAUAGACGAGGUGAAGAACAUAGUUAAAUGGUUCGAACAAGACGUGGAUCGCAUCAGAACGCUAUCUAAAGCGUACGAGAACACAAGGGCAUGUCCUACACAGGACGACCUUGUCAUUGCCGCGUGUUCCCACAACCAGAAGCAUGUUCUCGACUACUUGCUGAGUCAAACUGAUAUUUUGUACUAUCUCACUGACAGUACACAAAACAUUACAGAAGUGAUUGCGAAGAGAACAAAAGCGGUCAGACAUGCGCUGCGGCUGGAAGAUUUCGAAAUGGUGGAGAAGUUGUACAACUACUGGAGCGGCGACUUGUAUUGGAAAGGCCACAAAAAGGAUAAGUUUAAUAAUCUUGGACAAAUACUAAAAGAUGCUGAGAACCCAGCCAUUGUAAAGAACCAACAACUACUUAUUAAUUUCAAAUGUCUCGUCACGUUGAAUGACUUUCAGCAAGAACUGUACAGCAAACUGCCAGAACCACUGUCACAUGAUGCUUCCGCAAAGGACACUGCUGGAGUACUACUGACUGUGUUGAGUAUAUAUGACAAGUAUUCGGAUAUAGAUAGGGUAAGAAUAGAAGAUGUUACACCCGAAGUCGAACUUCUGCUCAAAUCGUACCUUGCAGAUCCGGACAGCGAAUACUACAGAGCACAAAUGUAUAUUAAGUACGAAGUUUAUUUUCGGAAGUUGGAUUUUAAUAUAGCGUUACUUUUGUUAGAAAAGCUGUACAUUAUAAGAAAUCAUUUAAAAAAACGUCUCAACACAGAACAGUUAAAAACCGUAUCGGACACUUACAGAGAAAUAGAAUGUGCUAUCUAUCAUCUAAUCUACCGGACGAGUGAAGACUGGAGAUUGUAUCUACCUGCAGAUAGACAGCUAACAGAAACUCAUCACCCAGGUAUCUACAAUGGAGUAGAAUGAAGGCUUAAGACAACAUAUGAUAUACAUAAGUUGUAUAACGGUCCUGUGCUAUACUUCGAGCGAGAGCAUUACAAAACCUGUCUUCUAAAUUUAAAAGAUAUACUUAACAAAUAUUGUAUCCAACCAGAUCCAGCCAAUGAUGGUGAACAAAACAAUACGAACAAAGAAAAAUUGUUAGAUGAGAAUAACCUGAAACCAACGAUGGAGGUAAGUGAUCA